CUCUCGAAUCUCCAUCUCAUCGCCGGUCUUCUCUUUACUUCGUUUUUCCUGAAAAAUUCAAGAUUGAAGAAAAAUGGACAUCAGCGAUGAAGUUAGGGCUGCUCACAGGCGAGAGCUACUGGCCUUCUUGGAAGAUGGCAUAUACUUGGACGAAAUCAGGGCCAUCAUCAACCACAACCGCCGCCGACUCAUCGUGGACAUAUCCCAUCUCCACUCCUACGGCGACGACAUUGGUGCCAGGAUUCUGAGAAUUCCAAGUGAUUAUCUGCAAUCGUUUAACGAUGCGGCCACGGAAAUUGCUAACAGGAUCGACCCGAGGUACCUGAAGCAAGGGGAGCAACUUCUGGUGGGGUUUCAAGGCCCUUUUGUCUCGCGCCGUGUUACGCCUAGAGAUUUGCUCUCCGAGUACAUUGGAUCCAUGGUUUGUGUCCACGGCAUUGUCACCAAAUGUUCUCUUGUGAGGCCAAAAGUUGUUAAAAGUGUUCACUUCUGCCCUACAACAGGAAACUUCACCACUCGUGAAUACCGAGACAUUACAUCCAAUAUGGGUUUGCCUACAGGAUCCGUUUAUCCAACAAGGGACGAAAAUGGUAACUUAUUGGUGACUGAGUAUGGAUUAUGCAAAUACAAAGAUCAUCAAACUUUAUCAAUGCAAGAAGUUCCUGAGAAUUCUGCGCCUGGUCAGCUUCCGCGAACGGUAGAUGUCAUAGUUGAGGACGACCUGGUUGAUGCAUGCAAACCUGGAGACCGUGUGGCAAUUGUAGGGAUAUACAAAGCUCUUCCUGGUAAAAGCAAGGGAAGUGUGAAUGGAGUAUUCAGGACUGUUCUCAUAGCAAACAAUGUUUCACUGCUCAACAAAGAAGCAAAUGCACCAAUUUACAGCCCUGAUGACAUAAGUAACAUAAAAAAGAUAGCAGACAGAGGUGAUACAUUUGACCUGCUUGGUAAUUCACUGGCACCUUCUAUUUAUGGACAUUCAUGGAUAAAGAAAGCAGUGAUAUUAUUAAUGCUUGGUGGGAUGGAAAAGAACUUAACGAAUGGCACUCACCUACGAGGUGACAUUAACAUGAUGAUGGUUGGUGAUCCUUCUGUUGCCAAGUCUCAACUUCUAAGAGCAAUCCUGAAUAUCGCUCCCUUGGCAAUAUCUACUACGGGCCGGGGUUCUUCUGGUGUUGGCUUGACAGCUGCUGUCACUUCAGAUCAAGAGACAGGAGAGAGAAGGCUAGAAGCUGGUGCAAUGGUUCUUGCUGAUCGUGGUGUUGUCUGUAUUGAUGAAUUUGACAAAAUGAACGAUCAAGAUCGUGUUGCCAUACAUGAAGUUAUGGAGCAGCAGACUGUAACUAUCGCCAAAGCUGGUAUCCAUGCAUCCCUCAAUGCACGAUGCAGUGUGGUGGCUGCUGCAAAUCCCAUAUAUGGUUCUUAUGACCGUUCAUUGACACCAACAAAGAAUAUUGGACUUCCAGACUCUUUGCUUUCUCGUUUCGAUUUACUGUUUAUUGUAUUGGAUCAAAUGGAUCCUGAUAUUGACCGCCAAGUCUCAGAGCAUGUGUUGCGCAUGCAUCGGUAUCGUUCUGCAACUGGAGGUGAUGCAAUGCUUGAUGGGAGCUCAGUAUAUGGAAGAGAAGAAGAAAAUGAAAAUGACACAUCCGUAUUUGUUAAGUAUAACCGUAUGCUACAUGGGAAAAAAACAGAAAGGGGUCGGAAGCGUGAUACCCUCACAAUCAAGUUUCUUAAAAAGUACAUUCAUUAUGCCAAGCAUAGGAUUCAGCCUGAUCUGACUGAUGAGGCAUCUGAACAAAUUGCAACAGCAUAUGCAGAACUCAGAAAUGCCGGCUCAAAUGCAAAGACUGGAGGAACACUUCCAAUUACUGCCAGAACUUUAGAAACUAUAAUUCGUCUCUCAACAGCUCAUGCAAAAUUGAAGUUGAGCAGAAAGGUUUCAAAGUCUGAUGUUGAUGCUGCUCUUCAAGUUUUAAAUUUUGCAAUAUAUCACAAAGAGUUGACUGACAUGGAGGACCGGGAGCAAGAAAGAGAGAGAGAAUUGGAGAGGAAUGGCAGAGCUGCCCAUCGCGCAAGUGGAAAUGAUGGAUCUGGAAAUGUUACUGCUAAUGAAGAACAAGCUGACCAUUCUGCAGGUCAGAAUGAUGGGUCUGGCAACGUUACUGCUAAUAAUGAAGGUUCAACUGAUGCCAUGGAAGUCGAUGACCCUCCUGCCGAAUCUGCUAUUGAUAUUUCUCCUGAAAGAAUCAAAGCAUUUAAUGAUUCUGUAAAUCAACUAAUGAAACAAAAGUUACAAAGCAUAUCCAUUGAGGACUUAGAGAACGUUGUCAAUUCCGGAGCAGAUUUCUGUUACUCUAGGGCGGAAAUAACAUUGCUGUUACAGGAACUUCAAGCCAAUAACAUAGUGAUGGUAAGCGAUGGAACAGUGUUUAUGAUACUAUCAUGAGUUGCUAAAGGAUCACCUGCAACAUGUAAUGCAAGGGCACAGCGGAAACGUCACUUUUGGAGGGGAACAUAUAUCUUUGGUACUUCUGUUGUUGGCCGCGAUGUAUCUGCUUUGCCCGUGGUUCUUGAACGUGAAAUUUAGAAGUAGAUUUUUAGUGAUGUAAUCUUUGGAUCAUCUAUUUUGCCCUGUUAAUCCAUUUGCUCUCUCGCCCUUUGAGUUGUAACUUAAAGAACAUUUCUCCAUAUUCGCUUUAUAACAUAUGCACAAAUUUGUGACCUUAAAAAUGUUCAUCAGAACGCUUUAUUGAAGGUGGAAAAAAA